AUGCUUUUAUUGGUCCGAGUUUGGAGCGAAGACGAUGUGGCAACAGCCUGCUCUCUAACCAUCCCAUCUGCACGUAGAUGCCACCAUUGCAUCAGCCAAUCAACACUCUACAUCCAUCGACUCAAACACUUGGCCAUCCGCAACGACGAACAGUUGAAGAAGCUGUUGGGCGGUGUGACCAUCGCGCAGGGUGGUGUGCUACCCAACAUCCAGGCGGUGCUGCUGCCGAAGAAGACGGAGAAUCCGGUGGUGGGCAAAGAGUAG